UACAACUUCCUUAUAUACCGGGUGGACAACACCAGUAGACUAACGACGCCUAUCCGUCAGUAUGAAGAUGUCACCGCUGUACUGUGUUGUCCUGUGUUUGUCGGUCGUGCAGGUUCUCUCCGUACAAACAUUGUACAUGGACGAUGCCUGUGUUUCAUCCACCAUCACAUACAUCGAUACAGCAGCACGCAUCAAGGCAUCGCGAUAUACCACUCCUAACAGGAACCUCAACUGUUCCCUAGUAGUCCGGGCCAGGCCCAUGGACCAGCUCGUCGCUGUUGUCAGGAAAAUGUCUUCCAAUUGUAAUUAUGUCACAGUAGCGGCAUAUGAUGGCGAGAACAGGAACCGUAAAAUACAGGAUAUGUGCGGACUUUCUGAAUACUACCUGCCGAAGAGAACAUUUACGUCUUCUCGAAAUGCCAUGGUGUUCAAUUUGGCGACUUCGUCUGUAUCGUCUUCAUGUACUUACGACAUUAUCGUGACGUCAUACACCACAGGUUCGUGUUCGUUCGGGUUCCGGUGUGAUAACGGGCGUUGUAUCGAUAGCAGUCUGUCCUGUAAUGGCUACAACAACUGUGGUGACAACAGUGAUGAGGUAUUAUGUAGCAGUACCAUCGUACUCGGGGCAGGUAUCAUCGUGGCCAUCGUUUUAGGUGGACUGUUUGUGGUCGUCUGUCUCCCUAUUAUCGUCGUUGUGUCAAUACUCCGUCGUAGACGGGCAUACGCCAAGUUCUAAUAAUACUACCUCAAUGUGGACGUACUACCUUGGUGUAGACUUGUUGUGUACAAAGCUUGACAUUUACUCUCCGUCGAACUAGAAGACUUGAUGAUGUACACAAAAGCAUAUAUUCAAUUUAUUGACAUUUAUUUUUACCAUUUUCAAUUAAUUAAAGUCACGUGCAACCUUAAGUGUUGCGUGAACGUGUCAUUAUGGAAGGUUUUGUCAGUAUUGUGCGUGAAUGUGUUGUGUAUAAUAUUUUGUAAUAUUAUUUUUUUACUUUGUAAUAUCACGAGUUCAUUCAUUGUAAUUCUCAGUGUUUUUUUUUUUUAUUUUUUAUUUUUCAAAAUUUUUACAUGUAUAAAAUACACAUCUUUUUUUUUCUUUCUUUUCCCACACACGCUUAAUAUUCUAUUGGUUUUUAUCCAAAUUAUACUUUUUGAUACAAGAUAAUCAAUGAAUAUCAAUAAAAGAUAUCCAAUCAUUCUUACACUAAUUUUUAAUUACUAUUUAGAAAUCGCCAUUUCAUAUAUAUUUUUCUCUGUAUAGUUACAAUAUAUGCACAUGGUAGGCUUAUUCUUAAAAAUACUUGAAAAUAAUCAGUCAAAAUUCCAAAUCUAAAUUUUAUGAUUGUUGAGUAUGUUUUAAGCUCGUUAGAACCCAAGCACAGUGAGAGAAAAGAAAGAUAGAACAAGAAAUGUAAGGAAAUAGAAAAAGAAGAAAGUUCACAUUUAGAAAGAGAAAGCAAGAGAGAGGGAAAGGGAAGGGUCAGACUUAAACACUAAAAACAUGAUCAUUUAACCCACUGUAAACUCAUAAUUUCAUAUUACCACAAUGUAUGAGAUAAAGGUCUAUAUAAGAUCAAAAUUAUUUAUAUUACGUCAAGUUCUACCAAAUUUUGCCAUUUAUUCCACUCAAAAGUAAAUUUAUUAAAAACUUUCUCUCCUUUGCCCACAGCAAUAAACUUCUGCACAUUAUAGUAAUCUUUAACAUGGUUAAUUAGUGAUGAGACUAUUAGAGACUUGUGCAAACACCUGGCUUUAUAUAUAUAAUGCUUAAUGAAAAGAAUUAUCUCGUUGUCAAUUCUAUUAUAGAUUCCAUUGUGCUGGAAAGCACCAAAAAUAAUCAUUUCUUUAUUUAAUGAAAAUGGAAUAGAAACUGCUAAUAAAAGGUUUUCAAAAUUUGCUAAAAAAUGCUGGACUUCAUUACACUCCCAAAAAAUAUGUGAAAUUGUCUCCCUUUCCAAAUUACAAAAAACACAAAAUGGAUUAUUUGUAAGUCCAAUUUUAUAUAAAUAUGAAUUAGUAGCUAGAAUAUGAUGAUUUAUCCUAAACUGCAGCCAUUGUAAUUUUGUGUUUUCUGUAACUCUGAAUGCAAUUAGAUACAUUUUUCCCCAAGCCUUCUGAUUGUAGUCAAAAGUAGUUCCCCACUUGUUUUGUGCAGUUAUAGAUGCACUAUUUGUAUUAAGCAUAUUAUAAAAAUCUUGAGAACCUUUGACUUUCUUCAACACAAUGUCAAGACAUAAAGGAAUGAAGGGAUACAUACUAGCAUCUCCUGACCAUGUGAACAUUUUCAGAUAAUUCUUGAUACUAGCUAUUAGACCAUAAUAAUCGAGGUAAUUGGUAAUUGUGCCAUGUAAAGUGGUGAAUUCAUUGAAAGUUAAAAAAGUACAAUUCUCAGUGUUCAUUAAAUGUUAAACCAA